AAGUUCAACACCACCGGCACUUGUGUCCUGGUGAACCUGAGGACCCUGGAGUGCCAGCCGAUGGAGUUCUCAUUUGGCCUUCCUUCCCCGGCAGAAGAGAAAACACCAGAGGCAGAGGGGGAGGGGGAGAAGUAGGAAGGCUCGCGGCGGCGCUGUCAGAUUACACUCCAGCACACCACCACCACCACCAUGCCUGAGGGACCCGAGCUUCACCUGGCAGCCAGAUUCAUCACCACUAUCGGGCAGAGGACGCUGUUUGGUGGCCAGGUGGUCAAGUCAGCAGUGUCCACCAAAAACCCAGACGUGGCGUGGGACAGGGAGGUGUACAGGGUGCGGGCCUCCUCCAGGGGGAAGGAGCUGAAGGUGGUACUGACAGAGGGCGAGGAUGAGGUGAAGGGCGGCGAGACACUCAGUAUUCUCUUCCGCUUCGGCAUGUCCGGGAAUUUCAAGUACACGCCUGUCAGUGACCUUCCCAAACACGCCCAUUUACAGUUCUACACCAUCAAUGAACUGACUCCGAUGGUGCUGAGCUUUGUGGACUAUCGACGGUUUGGCCGGUGGGAGGUGGAGGGUGACUGGGGUGCAGACCGUGGCCCAGACCCCAUACGGGAGUACCAGGCGUUCAGGAGCAACGUGAUGGAGAACCUCAAGUCAUCGGCCUUCAACAGACCCAUCUGUGAAGCCAUGCUUAACCAGAAGUUUUUUAAUGGCAUUGGGAAUUAUCUGCGUGCUGAGAUUCUGUACAGGUGUGGUGUUCGUCCCUUUGAUGAGGCGCGGGAGGUCCUGAGUGAACUGAAGCCAUUUAGCAAGUGGUAUGAGAGUCAGGUGAAACAGGAGGAUGUCAAAGAGAAUAUAGUGAAGCAGGAGGAUGUCCAAAAGAUUGUGGUAAAACAGGAAGAUAACAAAGAGAGUAUAGUGAAGCAAGAGGAUGUCAAAGAGAAUAUAGUGAAGCAGGAGGAUGUCCAGAAGAUUGUGGUGAAGCAGCAAGGCAACAAGGAGAGUACAGUGAAGCUGGAGGGUGUGAAGAAGAGCAAAAUGAAGCCGGACCUUCUGGACCUGUGCCACAUCCUGCCAAAGGAGGUGGUCAACCUGGAGGGUGGAGGCAAGGGCUACAAUGUUGACCCCAGUGCAGAUGAAGAGGAGUAUGCUGCAUUUAGGGAGUGGCUGCAGUGUUACUAUCAGGAUGGCAUGAAAAACAUGGUGGACCACAAUGGCCGCACCAUGUGGUUCAGUGGGGAGCCGGGCCGCCUCAAGCCUAAGGAUGCAAGUUCAAGGAAUAAGAUUGUGAGGACAAAGAAGAUGCACAAGAAGCAAGAGAACAAGAGGGAAGCAGAGGAGCAGAACCCUGACUCUGGGUAUGAAGAAAACAACACCAAGACAAAGAAAAGACAUUCCAGAGCCAAAACAGACAGUGCUGUAGAGACAAAGAAAGCACCACCCAGGAAAACACCACCUAAGAAAACACCAGCUAAGAAAGCAAUGAAUAGCCAGACGGAAAAAACCACAAAGGGAGCAAAAAGAGUAAAACAAGUGAAGGUCAAGGAGGAAGAGACAGCCACACCCACUCUAGCUUCCAAGAUUAAAAUGAAGCUAGAGGAAGCCAACACCGUGCCAAGACGACGCUCAGUGAGACUCAGCCGUCACCAGUGAGCCUCAGUGGACCAGAGAAGUGAAGCUCAACUAGAUACUGUUCUGCUACCUCUGUUUUUUAUUCUUAAAGCUUAAGGUUAGUUCAGGAGUUGUAGUUUGUGUUCAUGUUCUCAUUGAAUUAGAAUCAUGCACCAGAGGUUUAGACUUACCUACGAUUACCUGUUAUUAUUAGAGUCCUGUUUUUAUGAAAUCAGUUACUAUCCCUCUUUUUUUAACUGUUUCUUAAAGCUGACAGUUGGAUGAAGAGACAACAAUUUUGCAUUCACAUUCCCAUUGAGUGCCUGCAGCUCAGAAGUUCAAAUCUUACUUAUCUUACCUGUGAUACAGUAAUGGGAGUGUGGACAGGUACUAAUUAAGCUCACCAGGUCAUGUAUACCUGUGGUCCAUUCUCUUGUAGCCUGUGACUGUAGCCAACAUUUGUAACCUCACCAGUGAUUGGUCUGUGGCUCAGUCAGCCUGUCUCCUGUGUAGCGUAGGUACUGGCCUCUCCACAUGAUGUUUGAUUUUUCUUUCAUGUUUCCCAUAAUUUGUGCAAUAUUUACUCUGCUUCUUGUUCAUUGGACUGAAGAAUAAUAGUUGAUGAUGAAUAUGCUAAAACAAAUUUAUAAUUUACAAAGAAUAAUUUAGAUAAUUAGAGUUGAAGUGAUGGACAGAAAGAAAUCAAGCAAGUGUUGUACAGAAAAAGGGAGAUGCAAGGAAGAGAAAUGAAGCCUGUCAUAGUGUAGGGCAUUGGUGGUGCCUGUGAUAAGUGGAGGCAGGGUGACUGAGCCAUGGACCAGUCUGUGAUGAGGUUACAAAAGUACUGGCUUUGGCUUCAGUUGCAAGGUAUGAGUGAAUGGACUGCAGUUCUCAUUGUAAUGAAUGAACAAACUUGCAUUUAUAAUUAAUUAUAUGGAUGAAUCUAAUUCUUUUUAAAUCAUUAAGAUAGAUUAAGUACUGGGCAGAAUGCCAUAUUUUUACUUAUUUAAUGAUUAAGAAGCUUAUUCUUCAUUUUUAUAACUCAGAUCUGCAUCAUCACAUCUUGUCUCUUCCUUUGCUACAUUUCUCUUUAUGCUUUCUUUUUAAUUUCCUGAAAAGAAUUUUGAAUGGUGUGACACACAGCCUGUCAUCUCAACAAGUUUAGUUGCUGCCAUCUCCUGUGCUGUAAAUAUUUCACAUUUCUUCCUACUGCUGCUCCUUUCAUUAUAUCAGAAUUUUAUUAGAUUUUUAUUUUAAUGGUAUGACCUUCACAAUCUUUUAUCUUUCCAAUCUUUCUUCAUUCCUUCUUGACGCAUUUAGUUUGGACUGGAUGUGGUCAAGAUAAUUGAUUAACAAAGGUGAAUUAUACUCAUAAGUGUGACUUUUAGUAUUAAUAUUACAUUGGCUAGGAGGUUGGUGGCUCGGCCUCCCUAAUGCUAAGUAUGCUCACUGUCUGAGGCACGUCAUUAUGUAAUAGUGAAUUGUCACUGCCAAGAUAUUAGGAGGGAAUUUUAAUUGAGCAGAUUAUAUUUUCAUCCAAGUAAAUAUAUAUUUCUAUGAUUUUUA